GUCGCGUCAACGGCUUGAACGAACACGUCCCGCGUCGCUCGUUCAGUCAUAUAAAGGUAACUCGAGAUAUAUCACGCGUAUAAAUUCCCAUAAUCGACUAAAAAGUGCCUUCACCUUCACCUUCAAUUCGUGUCAUUAUCACAAAACACAAGUGUCGUCGAAAAGUUUCAAAAUCGAGUGAUUCGUGAUUUGACACAACCUCUACACGUGAAUGUGCCAAGUGAAUGUAUCGUAUUUAUUCCUUUCUCGAAGUUGCGUUGAGGACUGAUGGACAAAUUCCUCGAAAGAAUGGGAUAUCGACGGAAAAAAAGAGGUAACUUUUAAAGAUAAUCGUUCGAGUGAUCCAUAGAAAUACGUAGAGGGUAUCGUUGCACCAAGGAUUGUCAAAAAUUUUGCUAGGAAGGCGCGCGAGAGAGGUGCGCGCGCGCACGAUAGUAGGUCGAAUCGCGUUCGACAAAGUUCGGCUAUAUUCGGCUACGUUCGGUACGCUCGAAUUCGAAGUUCGUUCGCGGCGACCGCGCGCUCGCUGUUCGGUCAGUCAGUCAGUCGCACGCGGCAUACGAAGGCCUCGAAGAGUCGAGGGAGGUUCGAAGACGCGCGAAACAUAAUAGAAUAAGAGACAGAGACUGGAUAAGGUGAGGGGAAGGAACGAUAAGUGACUCGAAGAAAAGAAAACACAGGGUGGAAAGACGACACAGCGGAAUCUUAUAUCGCGCGUUGUCUUUUGUUCAUAAAGACUGGAGCCGCUCUAGCGAGUGAGUCGAUCUCUCUUCUCGAUUCGAGAGAUCGACUGCUAUCCUUCGAGGCAGCGUCGGUUUGGCAGACGGAAGAGAAAUUGGCAAAAGUGUGAUAGCAGAGAGGAAAAAAGCACCUACAAAUACGAGAUGGUGUACGGAGGAGGCUUCGACAUGGUGGAAACGAUGCCACAGACGGUACCUACCGCAGCCGGCUACUCGCCGUCGUUCGAUUACAGCACAUUCCAAUUCGAUUUAUCCCUUCUUUCGGACGAUUAUGCCGCGACGAACGCGCAAAACACGUUGAAACCAGCUCAAAUCAAACAGGAAGCGCAAUCGCCGCGUCCCGGCUCACCGACCACGUACUCGAGCUCUCCUUACCCCGGCGCCGGCGGUGAACUGUCCCCUAAUUACUCGCACGAGGGUUCACCAGGAUACCCGACCAGUCCCUACUACGUACCCAGAAGUCCUCAAAGUGCUCAAUUCUACCCGACAAGCCCAGAACCCUCCGCGAAACAGCCGGUUAAAAGGGAGAAGAGCCUCGAUCUUCUGGCCAUCUUGCAAGAGUCCAGACUUCUGGCCGAGAGUCUGGGAUACAGGGAGGACUCGACCGACUGCACAGUGCCGUGCACACCGCCAAGAACGGAGGAGGACAUUUACAACAGCCUUGACGCGGACUUCUUCGCGAAGAAAGAGGAUACCGCAGUGCAAGGACACCCGUUGCUGAAGGAGAUCCUCUUCAAGUCGGAGCCACGGUCGAGCUGCAACAGCAGCAACAGCAGCACAACGAGCAACACCAGCGAUUCCUCGUCCACGUUGUCGUCCUCCCCGUCGAGCGCUUCCUCCUCGCCCGACCCCGUGCAACUCGAGAACAGCUCGCCGUUGAGGAGCUUGCUGUUCAAGGGUGCCAGAAAGGAUCUCGCGGACGGAGCGAGAACAAAUGUUCUGAAACUCGAGAGAAUACAGGACGAAGUGAGGAAUCCUCUUCAGAAGGAGGAGGAGCUGUUCAAGGACGGGCAAAAGAGCGAUCACCAGUUGCUCAGGGAGGUUCUGAGGGACACCAGCUUUCAGAGGAAGUACAAUCUGAGACCCGUGGACCUGGGCAGCGUGGGGACAGGGUUCGUCGAAGACAUGGAAGCCGGCGAAUGCGUCGGUGACCUGACCAGGGAACAGAUAGAGCCUGUCCUCAGCCUGGCCAUACAACAAUUGCAAAAAGACUUUGACAACACCUGUGUCGCGCUUGGUAUUCAUCCUGAGCCACGACGUUGGAGCGCCGCGGACGUAGCAGCCUGGAUCCAAUGGGCUAGAAGGCAACUGCAAUUGCCAUCUGUCCCACUGGAGAGCUUCAACGUGGAUGGCGCUACAUUGGCUUCCCUCACGGAAGAGGAAUUCUGUCAGCGUGCCCCUCAGUGCGGAAGCAUUCUUCACGCACAAUUGGAAAUUUGGAAGGCGGCAGUCGAGGAAUCUCCGCGUAACACAUUGGCGGCUUCCUGGGGCCCUGCCGUUGUUCAAACUCCUAACAAUAACAAUAAUGCAUCGUCGACUAUUGCGAAUGCGGCUCCAGCCAGUGUCACGGGCUCUACUUGCAGCGUAGAUUUUUCCGAUGAUGAGGACGAGGAUUGCGGCUCGUCGCAAACUGGAGCCGGCGGAGGCGGGGGCGGUGGUGGUAAAAUGCGUAACGGCGGCUCGCACAUCCACCUCUGGCAGUUCCUGAAGGAGCUGCUUCAGAGCCCGGGCGUCCACGGCUCGUGUAUACGCUGGCUGGACCGUGGCAAGGGUGUGUUCAAGAUCGAGGACUCGGUCCGCGUGGCCAGGCUGUGGGGCAAACGAAAGAAUCGGCCGGCCAUGAACUACGACAAGCUGAGCCGUAGCAUCAGGCAAUAUUACAAGAAAGGGAUCAUGAAGAAGACGGAGCGUAGCCAGAGGCUGGUCUAUCAGUUCUGCCAUCCUUACUGCCUGUAAAUUAUCCCGGGUCCCGUUAAGCCUUUGCUCUCGUGCGAAGGAUGUCGAAGGAUGUUACCUCUGAGGGGAGAGAGAGAGAAAAAAAAAAGGAAAAAUAUUUAUCGACGAUGAAAAGCAUAAAAUCGAGCGGAAAUCGAGCCUCUUUCGAUCGUGUGAUUUAUAUUAUUCGAUUAUUUAUUGCGAACCGCGUUCGAGGUAACAUCGAUGGAUGUCCUCGCCGAUAUUGCGUAUAUCUUUUCUUUUUUUGUUUUUUUUUUAAAACGUCGUGAUUCUCUCGCGAUUCGUGAUACACGAUCGAAGAUCGUGAGCACGUCGCGAGGUACGCAGGUCGGUGAUAAGAUUGUCGUAAACCGUUGUAUCGCCUCGAUCGCUGGGUGGUUUAUCGAGCAUCGAGUGCAAAGGGUUAACACUUUUUCCUCCCAGAUUCAAGGUCGUCCGGGUUGAUCACCUUGAGGCUGGUGCUCGUUUUCGAAAAGGAGUUACGAGACUACGAAGGGCUUCCGACUCUUUCUGCGUGCAAUCUUUUUUUUUUUUCUUUUUUUUUUCUCGCACAGAAAACUCCGUCAGAGAAUAAUACGUGCUGGUGUGCUUGCCUGUCCCCACUCUUCUGUGUUGUUGCGUGUUGUUGCGUGUUGUCCCUUCGUUGUGUGGCUGAUUGAUGAUUUCGAAGAGAGGUGAAAAGUCGGAAAAAAAAAGAAACGCGAAGAAUCAGUAUGGAGGUCAGAAGAUUAAAGAAAAAAAAAAAAAAAAAAA